AUGGCGCCUCUCUCGCCAGCAUCUGUGGCUGCCAUCGAGCGAUUCAAGGCGUACAAACCUCCUCCGACGGUAUGGCCGUCGAUGCCAGUGUCUCGCAAGGCCGCUGUUCUACUAGUGCUGUUCGCCGACACCAACGGCGAGCUGAGGGUCGUGAUAACCAUGCGGGCAAGCACACUCAGUUCGUAUUCUGGGCAUGCGGCUUUGCCAGGUGGUAAGGCUGAAGAGGGCGAGACCCCUUUCGAGGUGGCGAGACGCGAAGCACAUGAGGAAAUUGGUCUACCGAGUCGUGAUGGAACCCUACCAGAGCCAUUUCACGUUGAGCACUUGUGUGAGAUGCCGACGAAUCUAGCCAAGACAGAGCUCGUUGUCCGCCCCUGUGUCGCAUUGCUUCAUUCCUAUGAUCCCAAGACUGGACUCGAUGCUAGCGUUGCAGAAAAGCUGCUGCCUCGUCUGGAUGCUCGGGAAGUCGCUGCUGUAUUUUCAGCGCCGUUCAAGAACUUUCUGUACCAUGAAGAUCUGCCUGACCAGCCAAACCUUCCUGGAGAACCAAGUGAUUGGUACAAGGGAGCCUGGACUGAUUGGCACGAAAAUCAAUGGAGGAUGCACAACUUCUUUGUUCCUGUGACGAACCAGAAUGUCACCAAGCCGAAGAAAAGCGAUGACCAGAAGGCUGUUGCUGACAACCUCGACAAACUAUCGAGGUAUCGGGUAUUCGGGAUGACGGCAAGAAUACUUGUUGACGCGGCUCGUUUUGCAUACAAUCAGGAGCCUACAUUCGAGCAUAACAGUCAUUUUGGCGACGAGGAGAUGAUUCUUCGACUACGAAAGCUUGGACGACUUGGGGACAUAAGGAAGCGGACCGAUGUGCUCACCAAGGAUGAUCUGGUCAAGGCUGCCAACCUGUGA